UCAUGACUAGCUGGUUUAAAUGUGUAACAAAGUAUCAUCAUGACAAGUGAUGCAGUCUUAUGCACUUUUCUCAACUUUCAGGUCUGCGGAAAAAACUUGAAGGCAUUGCAAAAAGGGCUGGUUGUACGAUAUUGAACGGGUGGAUUCAAUCCAUAUGCAACCACCUCUACUUCAGUGUUGCGAUGUCCGAGGGUAAUGUCGCUCUUUGGAUCAGCAUCUGGAAGAGCCUAACAAGACACAUUGUGAAUAUUCACAGUGGCCAUGAGGGGCCGUACCAUCGAUGCCUACCCGACCAGCUUUCUCACAAGGAGUGGCUUGAUCCUGGGAGUGCAGUUUACAAGAACCUUUGUGGAAUGGUCCUGAACAUCCGUCUCAUCAAAGACAUUGCUCAGCUUUCGGCAGAUGCACAAACAUCAUGUUUGGAGUCAUUCCAUUCGUUGAUGAUACGUUUUGCCCCAAAGUCUGUGGCAUAUUCACCAACUUUGAUGUCUGCUAGGUGAAGCACAAUUUCGAUUUAUGAAAAACUUUCACUGAAGACUGCUUAUGCUAUAUG